CUUUUGUGGGAUUAUAUUAUAUGUAUGUUUUGUUUUGUGUCACCUAUUAUCCUUUCUCUUGAAAAAGAAAGUGCACUCAAAUAUACAUAUUAUUAUUAUAUUACAUAUAAAAGAGAACUGUUUGGCCAGCAGGAAAGAGCAUCAUUUUCUCGGAAACCACUUUCUGAUUCCUUUUUGUCCUGUUUGAUUUCUCAUACACAUACCCUUUUCUUUCAUGAUCUCCAUUCUCAACUUCCUAUGUUUUCUUUGAACUUUUUCCUCUCAAAUGGCCACUCUUUUGAAGCUGUUUUCACCACCACCGUUCACCAAAACUUGCCAAUUAUUUCAUUCCUCUACUUCUCACUCUACUUUCUCGGAAACCAAACAGAUAUAUUCCAGAAAGGAACGCCACAGUAGACUCCAGAGUAGUAAAUAUGGAAACUUUCUCGACUUACAACCGGAGUCAAAGCUCGAAUCUUUGGACUUCGAUCUUCCGCUGUGGGAUCCAUCUGAUCGGUCUCUUACGGACGUAAUCGUCAUCGGAACAGGACCCGCCGGACUCCGUCUCGCCGAGAGAGUCUCUAGCUAUGGGAUUCAGGUGUGUUGUAUUGACCCUUCACCUCUUUCUUCUUGGCCUAAUAACUAUGGUGUUUGGGUUGAUGAGUUUGAGAGCUUGAAGCUCGAUCAUUGUUUGGACAAAACAUGGUGCAUGGCAAGUGUUUGUGUAAAUGACAAUAAAACCAAGUAUUUGGACAGACCUUAUGGCAGAGUCAGUAGGAAGAAACUCAAGACAGAGUUAAUGGAGAGGUGUAUUUUAAAUGGUGUUAAGUUUCAUAAGGCCAAGGUUUGGGAUAUUGAGCACCAAGAAUUUGAAUCCUCUGUUGGGUUUGAUGAUGGAAAUAAGAUCAGGGCAAGCUUGGUUGUGGAUGCCAGUGGCUUUGGUAGCACAUUUAUUGAGUAUGAUAAGCCUAGAAACCCUGGUUAUCAGAUUGCUCAUGGGAUUUUGGCUGAGGUGGAUAGUCACCCCUUUGAUUUGGACAAGAUGGUUCUCAUGGAUUGGAGAGAUUCCCAUUUGGGAAAUGAACCUUAUUUGAGAGCUAGCAAUUCAAAGUUUCCAACUUUUCUCUAUGCAAUGCCUUUUGACUCAAAUUUGAUAUUUCUUGAGGAGACUUCUUUAGUCAGUAGGCCUUUGUUAUCUUAUAUGGAGGUGAAGAAAAGAAUGGCUGCAAGGCUAAGGCAUUUAGGAAUUAGAGUUAAGAGGAUCAUAGAAGAUGAGAAGUGUGUGAUCCCAAUGGGUGGUCCACUUCCUAAGAUUCCUCAAAGUGUAAUGGCAAUUGGUGGGAAUUCUGGGGUGGUUCAUCCUUCAACUGGAUACAUGGUGGCUCGAACCAUGAGUUUGGCGUCUGAGUUGGCCGACGCGAUUGCUGUUGGUCUUGGCUCAACCAGGAUGAUCAGAGGGAAGCCACUGUAUCACAGAGUGUGGAAUGGCUUAUGGCCUAUUGAAAGAAGAUGUUUAAGGGAGUUUUACUCUUUUGGGAUGGAGACCCUUUUGAAGUUUGAUCUAAAUGGGACUCGAAACUUCUUCGAUGCUUUCUUUGAUUUGAAUCCUUAUUACUGGCAUGGGUUUCUAUCUUCAAGGUUAACCUUUGGGGAGCUGGCUUUGUUGAGUUGUUCUCUCUUUGGACAUGCCUCAGCUCCUUCCAAGGUUGAUAUUGUAACAAAGUGCCCUGUUCCCUUGGUUAAAAUGAUGGGUAAUUUAGCACUUGAAGCCAUUUAAUUUAAUUUUGGAUGAUGAUUAUAUGUGGAUUUUUGUUAACUGCAAUAUCAAGUUCUUUUUCAUU